UCGGUGCGCAAGCGCGGUGGAAGCAGGCCGGGAUUUAAAGGGGUAGUGUCCGCGGGUGCUGCCCCUUGGGGGGGCGGGAGGAAAGUCUCAGUUCGGCGUUUUCAGAGGCGAGUGGGCUUUGUUCCUCCUUGUUUGGAAAACAUGGUUUGCGGGGGCUUCGCCUGCUCACGCAAUGCUCUGUGCGCCCUCAACGUCGUUUACGUGCUGGUUGGUCUACUACUGAUUGGUGUGGCUGCCUGGGGCAAAGGAUUUGGGAUUGUUCCCAGCCUCCACAUCAUCGGAGGGGUCAUUGCUGUGGGCUUCUUCCUGCUUCUCAUCGCCAUCGUGGGACUCAUCGGUGCUAUCAACCAUCACCAAGUCAUGCUUUUCUUUUAUAUGAUAAUUCUAGGGCUAAUCUUUAUUUUCCAGUUUGGAAUUUCCUGUGCAUGCCUGGUACUGAAGACACAUAAGCAGGUAAGUCUGUCUUUCUGCCUGAGUUCCAUUCACUUUUUCUGGCUAUAUUUAGCCUACACCACAACAAAUUUACUUUUUAAAAAAUAG